UGUCUUUAUUCAUGAUUUUAUUUUGUUCAAAAGGGAUUCUUGGACUGCCAUGAAAGGAAGAAAGCUUCCAACCAUUCCUGCUAUUAAUGCCUCCUAGACCUCACCACCCACCUCCAACCCUCCAUUUCUGAUCUCCUUCAUCUCCCUUACACCAUGGAGCAGAACAAGCUUGUCGUCAUCUCCAGCUUUGUUGCCUUCUUCCUCUUGCAGGCCACCCUGGCAGCCUCCCAAGAAGUCGAGGAUGAGAAGGAGUUCAGCUACGUGACCGGGAGCGAGCUGGGACCGGAACACUGGGGAGAGAUCCACAAGGACUGGGUUGCCUGCGGCGAUGGCCACAUGCAGUCCCCCAUCGAUCUCUCUCACAAAAGAGUGCGGAUUCUCCCUAACUUGGGUCAUCUCCGGCGCUCCUAUCGCCCGGCCAUGGCCAUCGUCGAGAACCGCGGUCACGACAUCAUGCUCAAAUGGGAGGAUGAAGCAGGAGUCAUAUGGAUCAACGGAACCAAGUACGCUCUGAAGCAGCUGCACUGGCACUCGCCCUCCGAGCACACCAUCAAUGGCCGCAGGUACUCCUUGGAGUUGCACAUGGUUCACGAGAGUGCUGACAAGAACAUCGCUGUCGUCGGCAUUCUCUACAAGAUGGGCCGCCAUGAUCCGUUCCUCGCCAAGUUGGAGAGAUACAUAAAAAAGAUUGCAGACAAGCAUGAUGCAGAGGAGGUGGCGGGCAUGGUGGAUCCAAGGCAUAUUAGGAAGGGAAGCAGGAAAUACUACAGAUAUAUGGGAUCUUUGACUACUCCACCUUGCACUGAGGGUGUAGUUUGGACCAUAAUUAAGAAGGUGCGUACAGUGUCAAGAGAGCAGGUGGCCCUUCUGAGAGAAGCUGUGCAUGAUGACUCAGAGAUGAAUGCAAGACCUACCCAGCAGAUAAAUGGCAGAAUUGUCGGCUUUUAUCGGCCUCAACAAUUUCAAUAUUGAUGAAUUUGAAUGUGUGCUGGUAUGAUUUUGAUGUAAUGCUUGUUCCUUUUUGAAGAACAAACAAGGAUUAGCUUGGAAGAUCGGCUAUAUAAUGGCAACUCAUCCCUGUUUGAUGAUUACAUCCAAGGGUAAUAUCACUUGAGGACAGAAUAAUGUUGUAAUGAAAGCCAUUUUUCACAUAAAACAUCAAUAAAUGAUAUUAUGCCAGUUCAUGUUUAA